AUGUCUAAGUUUAAAGUUAUUUUCUACACAAGGGGCAAGUUUGUAAAAGACCCUGAACUGAAAUACGAUGGUGGGGACAUGUAUGCUUUUAGUGGUCAAGAUAGUGACUAUUGGUCUUUCUUUGAGGCCUGUGAUUUAGUUAAGAGUAUUGACCCUGAAUUUGAUUUUGAGAUGGUUAAGAUGUGGUGGAAACAUGAAGCAGGAUCAUUUGAAGCUGAUUUAAAUCCAUUCAGAGAUGAUGGAGAUUCUGCUGAGUUGGCUGCUUAUGUUAUUGGUCAUGGAACUGAAGUUGAGAUAUAUUGUGAGCCAAAACCAGAUGAAGGAGAGUUGUCUUUUAUGGAAUCUGUUAGGCAAAAAGGGAAGGGUAAGUCUUGUGCAUCAGAGAAGGAACCAUUACAUGAAUGCAGUGGAGAUUCAAGUGAUGAGAGUAUCAAGGAUGUACACUUUGAUGACAGUGAGGAAGAAAGGAUGAAUGGGUUUGAAGAUGACUUUGAGGAACUAGUGGGUGUAGGUAAAACUAGUGAAGUUAGGAGUCCACCUGUUACAAACAAUGUUGUCCCUAAUGAAACAGACAAUAACAUAUUUAUUACAGAUGAGAUGGGCAAGGCACAUGUAAUUGAGGAGGAAUACAUGACAGAUGAAUUGGACAGUGGAGCUGAUGAUGAUAGUGGUGAUGACAGACCAUGUGUUAUAAGGUUCAAUGCAGAAGAAUCUUUCACAAAAGAUUUUGUUUUUAAAGUUGGAAUGGAGUUUCGUUCACUUAAGCAGUUUAAAGAUGCUAUACUAGAGCACAAUGUUCUUAAUGGGAGGGAAGUUAAGUUUGUAAAGAAUGAUGCCAAUAGAUGUAGGGUUGUAUGUAAGGAUAAGGAGAAAUGUGAUUACACUGUGCUAUGUAGUAGAGUCCUAACAUCCACUACUUUUAGGAUUAAAACCUUGUAUUCUAAGCACAAGUGUGGAAGACAGUUCUUUAAUAGAUGUGCUAAAGCUGAUUGGGUGGCUAAGGUCAUUGUUGAUGGGUUGAAGAACAACACAAAGAUGAAGUUGAAUGAUGUGGAGGCAGAUGUUAGGCUUAGAUAUGCAACAGAAAUUCCAGGUUGUAGGGCAUUCAAGGCAAGGCAGAUUGCUAGACAGAUUGUGGAAGGUGACUCUAGUAAGCAAUUCAACCUCCUUUGGUCUUAUGGUGCUGAGUUAAGAAGGGCAUCCCCAGGGAAUACAUUCAAACUCAAUACAACAUGUUCUGGUGAAGGGUUAAAUCCAAGAUUUGAGAAGUGUUAUAUGUGUUUUGAUGGGACUAAGAUGGCAUUAAAAAAAGCAUGUAGACCUUUCAUUGGAUUGGAUGGAUGUCACUUGAAGCAUAAAUAUGGUGGAAUUCUGCUCAUUGCUGUAGGAAGAGAUCCAAAUGAUCAGUACUUGCCAAUUGCAUUUGCAGUUGUAGAAAAUGAAUCAAAAGACACUUGGAGCUGGUUCAUGAAGUUGUUGUUGGAAGAUAUUGGUGAUGGAAGAUGGUGUUUUAUCUCUGACCAGCAAAAGGGUCUGGUCAAUGUGUUUGAUGAGGAGUAUCCUUCCUUUGAGCAUAGAUUCUGUUUAAGGCAUCUUUAUGCUAACUUCAAAAAGAAGUUUGGUGGAGGGACAUUGUUUAGGGAUCUAAUGAUGGCUGCUGCUAAGGCAACUUAUUAUGAGGCACAUGAGGCAAAGAUGCUCAUGAUCAAGGAAGCAAAUGUGGAUGCUUAUGAGUGGCUGCAGGCAAUCCCCAAACACAAGUGGUGUAAGCAUGCAUUUCCUUUCUACUCAAAAUGUGAUGUUUUAAUGAAUAAUCUUAGUGAAUCAUUUAAUGCUACCAUACUUUUGCAAAGAGACAAACCCAUUAUAACAAUGUUUGAGUGGAUCAGAAACUACUUAAUGGGUAGGUUUGCAACACUUAGGGAAAAGGUGAAUGCUUAUAAGGGUUAUGUAAUGACCAAACCAUUAAGGAGACUAGAUAGAGAAAUAGAGAAAAGUGCUAGUUGGACAGCUACAUAUGCUGGUAGGUUAACAUUUCAGGGGAGGCCUACAGGGUCUAUCAACAAGAAAAAGAAAGAUAAAGUGGCACCCAAGACAAAAAAAUCUAGGGCAACUAAGACUGUUGAACCAGAAUGUGAUGUAGCUGCAAAUGCUGUUCCUGAUUCAGUUCCUGAAAAGGAUGAUGUCCAAGCUGAUAUCCCUAUGCAAGAUGAUGUUCCAGUUCCUGAUUCUGUUCCUGAAAAGGCUGAUGUACAAGCUGAUAUCCCUGUGCAAGAUGAUGACCCUGUUCAAGAUGAUGUUCAAGAUGCUGUCCCUGUUCAAGAUGAUGUUCAAGAUGUUGUCCCUGUACAAGAUGAUGUUCAAGAUGCUCCCAAUACUGACAUCAAUGAUUCACAGUCGUCUCUUAAAAAGUAUUGUGGUAUAGAUGCUGAAACAUUGGCUAAGAUUCUUGAUGAUGAUGAAAUUCUAGAUGUUCAACCAUUGAAUGUUGACACAUCUCCUGUGAAAAGAACAGUCAGAACUUUUGUUGGUAAAGCUCCAAAGGUGGUCAAGAAAACUUCCAAAUCCACUGCUUCUUCUUCAUCCAGGCCAACAUGUUCAGAACCUGUCAAAAAACCAAUCCAGAAGCCUAAGCCCAAGAAGAUUGUUGAUAUGGGUGUUCAAAAAAGGCAGAGUGACAGACUUAGGACCAUAAAAACAAAGAAUAUACCUGGCCCUGGAAAGAAGCCUGAUGACCCUUUGGUCAUUUAUGAAGAUGAAGCAACCUCAGACCAAUCCAAGGGUGGGAAGCAGUCAGAAGAUUGGGAGGCCAUUUGCAAAAGGAUGACUCAGUAGGAUGACUUAGUGAUGCCAUGUUGUUUAGUUUGAAUGAACUCAGUAGGAAAAAUGUUAUGUUUGUAAUGUUAGUGAGGC